CCGUUCUUCGUCUUUGUUCAGAAUGGCAGUCAAGCAGUUUUCCGGCGCGCUCCAGUUGACGGAUCUGGACGAUUUCAUCACUCCGUCGCUCGAGUGCAUCAAACCCGUCCCCGUCGACCGCUUACCAGCAAGCCAAGCCGCUGCAACGCCUGGGACAAUCCGGGUGGAGGCGGACGGGUCGUACGUCCAGCUGACUGCGUCGGCUACAAGCGCGUCUGCCUCGCCGACAGCGACGAAGCUCAAGCGCGCCGCCAUCACGCUCAACGACUGCCUUGCGUGCUCAGGAUGCAUCACCAGUGCAGAGAGCGUGCUCAUCACUUCCCAGAGCACCGAAGAGCUCGACCGCGUCCUCGCUGCAAACACCGCAGCGUGUCGCGAGGCUCACAUGGACCCACCGACGCCGACGCCGACGCCGACAACAACCGCAACGACAGCCACAACGACGACGACGACGACGACGACGACGACGACGACGUCACCCAUGGACACGAGCUCACACUCAGGCCCAGCGACUGCUCGCACGCUCGUUCCGGUUCCGCUGGUUCCUGGCGAGAAGCUCGUCGUCGUCUCGUUGUCGCCGCAAGCGCGCGCUGCCUUGGCUGCAAAGUUCAACCUGUCCAUCGAGACAGUGCACCAGCGAAUUGUCGCUGCACUGCGAUCGUUUGGCGCGCACUUGGUUCUCGACACGACGUUCUCGAGAGAGUUUUCACUGAUUGAGACGCGUCGCGAGUUUAUUGAUCGGUACCGCGCCGCGCAAUCGCAGUCAACGUCCAAGGUUCAAGUCACGGACAUUUUCCCAAUGCUCACAUCCGCCUGCCCCGGCUGGGUUUGCUACGCCGAAAAGACACACGGGACGUUUGUCUUGCCAUACAUUAGCGCUGCAAAGAGCCCACAGCAAGUCUCUGGCUCGAUCGUCAAGGACUAUCUGCCAAAAAUCCUCCGUGUCCAGGCGGAUGGCAAGCCAGUCUUGCCCGACCGGAUUUACCACGUCUCAAUCAUGCCGUGCUACGACAAGAAGCUGGAGGCAUCGCGCCAAGACUUUUACUCGGAAAUGUACAGCACCAGAGAUGUCGACUGCGUGCUAACAACCGGGGAACUGGAGCAGCUGCUCGAAGACCGAGCGGUCGACCUUCGCCAGCCUCUUACCGUCGCUCCGCGGGAUAUACCAGCACUGUCCGCGCUCGAAGCGCAGUUUACACCCGUAGAUGCGCAAGGGCGGAUUGUAUCGCAUGCCGGCGGUGGUUCGGGCGGAUAUCUGGAGCACACAAUGCGCCACGCCGCGCGCGAGCUGUUUGGGAUUGAAAGUAUCACGAUUCAUGCUGCCUCGAAUGCGUCGACGGCUUCUAGCAGCAGCGCGGAUGCCGUUCCGAUGGAAGUGGCAGAGGCCUCCCUGGUUGCUUCGUCCACGGCAGGAGAUCAAACCAAUCUGACCUACCGCAUUGUGAAAAACAAGGAUUUCAAGGAGCUCACGUUGGAGCGCGACGGCCAAGUGCUGCUGCGCUUUGCUGCGGCAUAUGGCUUCAAGAACAUUCAAAACCUCGUCCAAAAAAUCAAACGCAACCAAUGCCAGUACCAUUUUGUCGAGAUUAUGGCAUGCCCCUCAGGUUGUUUGAACGGUGGAGGACAGAUCAAGCCCGACGAAGGAGAGUCUGCCAAGGAUUUUCUCAGCCGCGUCGAGUUGGCGUACCUGUCACAGCCUUCGCGCGAGCCCGGCGUCGAUGCAAGUGUCGAGCGAAUAGAAAGCGAAUGGUUCCGCGAUGUUGAUGAGGCCAGUCGAGCCAACAUUCUCCGUACAAAGUAUCACGCUGUUGAAAAGUUUGUCUCGGAGCUUCUCAUCAAGUGGUGAAGUGCCGCGGCUUGUCUUGAUCGAAAAUAAUAAACAAAAACAAAAACGUUAACAUUGACUUCC